GUUUUAGUAAGGCAUGUUACUGAUGAGCCAGCAAGAAUCACGAAAGAAGAGAGAAGGAUUACUGAUAAGAAAAUUUACCUACUAACUGACACGUUGCUGUGAUACCCCACAAGCAACUAACUACAUUACCUAUGGACUUUCUCACUGCUGGCGGUGGAGGUGCUGGCCGGGGAGCUGAGACGGGGCGAGGAAGCAAGAAAAACGCUAGCCCGGAACGUGAAGAGCGAGCUCAGGCGGGGGCAUGGAACUGCGACGUGGGGCCAAGAAUUCCGCCGUCAACUAUUGCAACACACUUCGAAAGAACGUAUGAAAAAUGCAAAAACUUCCCUCCGCAUAUUGUCGCGAAGCACCUGGAUCGCGCAGCUGCGAGGAUGACGGCCGAGGUGGAGCAGGAGCAGAAGCAGGCGCAGACCGAAAAAAGCGACGCGCGGGGCGGCUUCCCUACUUCCGGCGAGCUUCAGGGAGAGCUCCACCGCCUGCGGGUGCGCAGCCUCGUGCCUCGCGCCAGUCUGGGGGGGCUUGCUCCCUUCGGCGCCCCCCAGCACCCCGAUGGCGCUUUUUUUAAAACCGCGGCGGGCCCGAGGAGUUCCGCGUCGUCCAAGAAGACAGGUAGCAGAUUAUAUUAAGUGCGCGCGUUCUGUUUUCCGUUUUUACUAGCGCCCCGCUCUGCGUGUUUCUUUGGUUGUGCUCUGUUGUUGUUGUUCGCAUGAGCCAAAUGUCGCAGAUGUUCGGCGACAUCAUGGCGGAACAAUUCAAAUUCUGUCUUGUUGUGUGAGAGUCAUUUAAGUGUGUCACUUUUAAUUAGGGAGGCUGAAGAAAGCGAAAACCAAUGUCACGGUUACAGGUGCUGUUGCUGUGGAUGAAGGUCACGUCGGCGAGGACAAGUCGAAGGCCAAGGGUGAAAAAGGCAAGCCAGACGUGGGCGAUGAAAAAAACGCAACGAAAAACGAGAACAACAAGGAGCCGGCAGCCCCGGGGGUGCCCAGCGAGAACAACCUUCGUCAACCGAUGACAACUCGCACAUGGGACGAAACGAAAUAUACCACGUCUGCCGCCGAUUUAUGGAAAGCCGGAGGGUCGUUGUCAUCUGGACUACCAACCGGGCGGAGGACUCGUUCCUGUAAAAGAGCGCCAUCCAUCCCCAUCCCGGAGGAACAACGAUUAGGACCAUUCGGUGGCGCAUCGAGCUCGUCAGCAGAGAGUCGAACUCGAAGCGUCAGCCGGUGCCGGGAUGCGGCGGGGGCCGCGAGUGGGGCAAGCACAUCAAAAAGGAACUUCUGUAUGCGGGACCCCACUACAGGCCGCUUCUUACCCGCGGCGGGGAAAAGCAGCAAGCAGCUCGCAGAAACCUCUAGCAGCUCCGUUCUCCAAAAUACGUCCUCCAAAGUCCGUCCUUCGAAAAAACAGGAUGCCUCGGUCCACGACGACGAUGAAAUCUUGGAAACAGCUCUUCGCCAACCGUCUAGCUCCUCCACCAGAGGGCGAUCGCGAUCUCGAUCUAGAUCUACAAAGAGGAGCGAUAACCUUUUGGACAAGAGAGGCGGCCGAUAAGGAAGUAGUAGACAGCUCCACUUUGUAAAUCGUAAAUCUACAGAAUAAAACAGAAAACAGAAACGAAGUUCAUUUUAGCAGCAGCGUAAUAGCGGACGGAUUGAUAUCGUUUUUGAAGAGGAGCACUGAAGGAUUUGCUUUUCUCUUUUUGUUUUCUGGUCUGCAAGACAAUGAACCAGAGCGAAGCCCGCGCAUACUACUAGUACUAGAAGAAUUCCAUAACUCACAUUAAGCAAAAGCUUGCUACACUCACGCCAAUUAAGCAAAAGCUUGCUUCAGCUUCUACAACAAAUUCAGAGACAAGAUUGGCUCCACGGAUUAACUAUCGCAAAUGUGACCGGCUCAAGGCUUUUCACGAACAUUCAAUGGUAUAUUUUUAGUUUGAUCUCGUCCGUGCGCGUAAUUUCGUUGUAACGAUUUUGGGCGAAACUAUUCUGGAGAUUCCGUCUGUGACACGAGUCUGCUCUGCUCCAGUUUCUUGCUGGCAUUACAAGAGUUGCGCGCACUAUAUUUAUAAGCGACACACUACAUCAGCUUAUGUCUACAUCGCAUUGAUCAGCUUUGCUUUUGCACUAUAGUCGAAGAUGAUAAGUCAUUCAAUGUAUUGGCAUUCUCUCUCUUUUACUUUUUCAAGAGUUUUCUGGUCGACCGUCCAACUUGAACUACUGGGUGCUUGGUCUUGAUUGGGCUGGAAGAAGCAGGUCGCGCAGCAGUCCGCCAAAGGGCACGCUGCUAACAGCACCAUCAUCAUCGUGCUAAGUGCUAGUGGUCACACAGCUCUCCCUACUCUUUUUUCUGGAUGUGAUAACGGAUUAUGUCACUUUAAACUACAUCGGCGCUAUGCAUUUUUUUCCUCAGUUUUGAUUUUGAAAAUUUUCAACCGCGCGAAUCUUAAUCAAAUCAAAGAAAAAUAAUACUUGCCGACACGACGCAACUCGAUGCAUGUAUGGAAGAACGAAAAUCUAAUCGCAACACGAUGACACUCGCUGGUUUAUCAUGUUACUGGUCAUCUGCUGAUUUUUUUUUCAUCUGUUUGUUUUGUCCGCGAAGCAACAGCUUCCUUUGCUAUUUAUCGCGAGAACGACACAAGACGGCAGCUUUUUUCUUUUGUAGGUAUAAAAAACGCAUUUUUCAUCGCUUACGGCGGAGCCUUUGUAAAGACUCGACGGAGUGGUCCUGCAGCAACACAGGACCACGGACUUAAGAUUUGACUCUGUACUGGUGCAAGUACAAAAAUCUAUAAAACAAAGAAUCACUGUGGUUUUUCAAAAAGUGGUGCUUUUAAUAUAGAAAGGGAAAGCGAAAAAGAUAUAUCAAAGAAGAUGCUUUCCUCUUGAAUUUGUACUUCUAUUUGUAAAGCUUAAGCUAGAGUGGUCUUCGUCUUUGCCUGGUUUUAUGUGUCUCCUUGCGGUAAUAUUCGAUGCCGUGCUUGCUGUG